CCCGUUGGCACGCCGUUAAGCCACAUUCAGCCCUUGACUCCCACGAGAAUGUCGCCGCCGUCGGGCACCCUCGCGCUGGUCGUCAUGCUCGCGCUCAUCUCAGGCUUCGCCGACGUGAUCACUUGGGUUCGCUUCGAGAGCUUCGCUGGCCUGCAGACGGGUAACAUGAUCUUCAUUGGCGAGGCCAUCUUCGUGCAGUCGCUGCCGGGUGCUUUCGCCACAAUCUCUUACAAGUUGGCGAUGAUCGCCUCGCACUUUUUUGGCGUCUUCCUGUUCUGCGCCCUCGCCCAUGUCACACGCUGGCCCGUUCGCGUGGGCUCCUUGCUCCUCGCUGCCCUGACGGCGGCAGCCGCGGUGCUCGACUUGCUGUUUGAGAGCAGGUGGGCCGCGUGCCCCGUAUCUGCCUCGCUUGGCGCGAUGAACUUUGUGAGUUCGCCCAAUACUCUGCUCGAGGGCAAGGUCUUCAUGAUGACCACGCUAACGACCGGUAACCUCCAAAAGUGCGCCAAGAUGCUCUUCUACGCUGUCAGCGACCACGGACUCAACGCCGAGGAGCGAGCGCAGACGCUGUACGCGGCGGCGACCAUCUUAAGCACGAUUUGCGGAGCGUCCCUCGCCGGCCUCGCUCUCUAUGCCAGCCCAUUCGGAACGGCCACCACCAGCCCGUCUUGGUGGUUGUUGUUUGUGGCGGGCGCUCAAUGCGCCACGCUGCUGUACCACGACUUCCUGCUCAAGCCGAAGUCGGAGUCGUAUCCACUCGAGCACGGCCGCAUGUCGCCGCUCGUCGAGCCGCUCGCUGCUGAUGCGGGCUCGGCGCAGGCGCAGGAAACGUGCAACACGGCGUGUUUGGGAUGUUCGGAGGGCGACGGAGAGCGGACGGCCGGCAACGCGGCGGAAGAUGGGCUCUAUCCUUCUCCUCUCCGCGUGACGGUCGAUCGAGGGGCGGCCGAUUGACUGCGAUUGAGAAGAUGUAGAGACUAGAGUGCGAGUUCUGACAUGCCGUUUAUCGUUUCUUUCCCUCGCGGGAGUCUGCUUAGGCGGCUCCCGUGGUGUACCUGUGUUCGUGCCAGUGCGUACCAGUCGCAGUCCCGUGCCCAGUGUUGUGAAUGGGUAGAUAGGUCCCGUUUGCCGUUUAUCGGUCUGUCUGGCUCCCAGGCAGAUGGAUGAGCUCAUAUGCUGGCUGUAUUGAGGGGCCAGACCCGGACACACAA